UUUUUUUCCAUUUUUUUUUCCCCUCCUCCUUCUCCUCUUCCUCCCUGCCGCGGAGCCGGGCGCCAGCGUGAAGGAUAAAUAAAAAGAGAAGAGGAAGAGGCUGGGGAGGAGGAGGAGGAGGAGGGGGGGGAGGAGGAGGAGGAGGAAAGAAGAAGAAGAAAGCGAGCAAGAAAAGAAAGCGAGGAGCCAGGCGGCCAGCCCAGCCGCGCCGCUCCCGGCAGCCAGGGCAGGAGGAGGAGGAGGAGGAGGAGGAGGCGGCGGCGGAGCGGGGGCCGGCGGCCGGCGAUGGAUGACCAGCCGCGGCUGAUGCACACGCACAGCGGGGUGGGGAUGCCGGGGCACCCGGGCCUGUCCCAGCACAUGCAGGAUGGACCAGGCGGGGCGGAGGGGGAGGCAGGCAGGAAGCAGGACAUCGGAGACAUCUUACAGCAGAUCAUGACCAUCACGGACCAGAGUUUGGACGAAGCGCAGGCCAGGAAACAUGCUUUAAACUGCCACAGGAUGAAGCCAGCCCUUUUCAAUGUCUUGUGUGAAAUCAAAGAGAAAACAGUGCUGAGCAUCCGGGGAGCCCAGGAAGAGGAGCCCACGGACCCCCAGCUGAUGAGGUUAGACAACAUGCUCCUGGCUGAGGGGGUAGCGGGCCCCGAAAAAGGAGGGGGCUCGGCUGCUGCCGCCGCUGCCGCCGCCGCUUCUGGAGGCGCCGGCUCGGACAACUCUGUGGAGCAUUCCGACUACAGAGCCAAGCUCUCCCAGAUCCGACAGAUCUACCACACGGAGCUGGAGAAGUACGAGCAGCUUUUCUUGCCAUCCCAGGCAUGCAACGAAUUCACCACCCACGUGAUGAACCUGCUGCGUGAGCAGAGCCGGACCAGACCCAUCUCUCCCAAGGAGAUCGAGCGGAUGGUGAGCAUCAUCCACCGCAAGUUCAGCUCCAUCCAGAUGCAGCUGAAGCAAAGCACCUGUGAAGCCGUCAUGAUCCUGCGCUCCCGAUUUCUGGAUGCACGGCGGAAGAGACGAAACUUCAACAAGCAGGCCACGGAAAUCCUGAAUGAGUAUUUCUAUUCCCAUCUCAGCAACCCUUACCCCAGUGAGGAAGCCAAAGAAGAGCUAGCCAAGAAAUGUGGCAUCACAGUCUCACAGGUAUCAAACUGGUUUGGAAAUAAGAGAAUCCGGUACAAGAAGAACAUAGGUAAAUUUCAAGAGGAAGCCAAUAUUUAUGCUGCCAAAACGGCUGUCACGGCUACCAAUGUGUCAGCCCAUGGAAGCCAGGCUAACUCACCCUCAACUCCCAAUUCAGCUGGUUCUUCCAGUUCUUUUAACAUGUCAAACUCUGGAGAUUUGUUCAUGAGCGUGCAGUCUCUCAAUGGGGAUUCUUACCAAGGGGCCCAGGUUGGAGCCAACGUGCAGUCACAGGUGGAUACCCUUCGCCAUGUUAUCAGCCAGACAGGAGGAUACAGUGAUGGACUCGCAGCAAGUCAGAUGUAUAGUCCGCAGGGCAUCAGUGCUAAUGGAGGUUGGCAAGACGCUACUACCCCGUCGUCGGUGACCUCCCCCACAGAAGGCCCUGGCAGUGUUCACUCUGAUACCUCCAACUGAUCUCCCAGCAAAUUGCAUCCCUGGCUGAGCCGGCCCCGGCGGGGGCAGGGGGGGAGGGGGCCUCUCCUACCACCGCAGCAGUCAGACUGGAGGUGAACCCAAUCAGCACACACAAGAAGACUCCUUCUCUUCUCUUCUCUUCGUCGGGAUGCUUUUUUCAGCCAAUCUGGACACUUCUUUAUACUCUCUUCCCUUUCUUUUCUGGGUAGAAGCCGCUCUUUUCCCCUCCUCCUCCUCCUCCUCCUCCUCCUCCUCCCCUCCCCACCCUUCCCCACCACAACACCACAACUCCCUUCCCCUCGCCCCCUCCCCACCGAAGGAUGUGUCACCAGGUAGAAGGAUUUUUAAGGAAGAAAAGCAAAAAAAAAAAA